AUUCUUGUUACGAACACAACGUUGACAUUACUACUUGAAGUAUUCGUCUCAGACCUGCUCAAUUCUGUUUUUUUCUAAAACCCUGACUUGUGACCGCUCUUGUCUCCUCAUCACAAAAUGCCUCCAAUCCGCUCACGCAAUUCUCGCAAACCCCCGCCCGCGGGUUUCGAGGACAUCGAAGACACCCUCCUCGAGUACGCCAACAAGAUGCGCGACGCACAAAACGCCUCCCACGAAGGAAAGAAGAAGCACGAGACGACCUGGCCCAUCUUCCAGAUAUCCCACGCCCGCUCUCGGUACAUCUACGACCUGUACUACGAGCGCGAGGCCAUCAGCAAACAACUCUACGAUUGGCUCCUCAAGAACGGCUACGCCGACGCCAACCUGAUCGCCAAGUGGAAGAAGCAAGGGUACGAGAAACUUUGUUGCUUGCGGUGCGUACAGACAAAGGAGACCAACUUUCAAGGAACGUGCAUCUGUCGGGUCCCCAAGGCGAGUCUACGUCGUGAAGAAGGUGAGGGCGGUGGCGGCGCCGCCGGAAUACAAUGUGUCAAUUGUGGCUGUAGGGGUUGCGCGAGCAGUGAUUGAGUACCGACGUUGACCUUGGGAAACGUCGUGACACCCCGAAACAAAGGACGGCCGCCUUCACUUGCGGUGAGAGUGCGACAAGUUCUCUGCACCGCCAAAAUCAACCUUUGGUGCCAAUGUUUUGGUUUAUCGAGACGAAAUAUUCAUGUAUCUGGCCCCCUCAACGACGUGCCCUCACAUGCAGAGGGAGAAUCCAAAGUGAACGGUGCGGUGACUUUGCAAGUCGAGGUGGCCAUAUGGUUCAGGGGAGCAAGGUCAGCCCAAGUCGUUCCAGCAUCAUUUGCACUACGAGAAACACCUGGCGUCCUGGCCUUCACCAGGCCCCUCUUCUCGACGUCCAGAACCCAAACAACGAUACCGUCUGCGAACUCGUCAGCAACGACACAAAUCGAGGUUGCAGUGAAGCAUGCCCCCAGCAAGCCCGAUAAGACCACGCUGCGUAUGUGUUGACUGCGCCACAAAGUUGGUAGGGAACUCCCCUCGAUCACAGCAUACCAUGCCAAAGCCUGCUAUGAAUAUGUCCGCCUUCCAAUCAAUUAAGCCUGAACAAUUUUGGCAGAAAUGUCAUACCACCAUAGUUUUGUUUGCAGACGAGGGCAUUACCGGACGCAAAUCAUGCAGCAUUCUAACGAGGCAGCACUGGGUAAGGCUCAAUACGGGACUCAUGAUCACGCGGAAGGAAGCAGUGUGGAGAGGAUGAAGAUGGAUUUGGGAUUGCUCUGGUGCUACAUGACCCUAUCCACAGUAUAUCUGAACGAGGGACUUGUACUUGAUAAGCCGGCCGGCCGGCCACCGCUAUAGACAAGGCCAAAACAAAUGAGAUCCACCUUAAAUGAA